AUGUCAUGUCAACCGGGUUCAACCAGUCGGACGUCACCGCGAGGAGCGAGCGUUAGCCUCCGCUGCUUAUCCCUCGCAUUUGUCUUCUCGUUCUUGUCUUCGUCGUGCGCUGUUCUUGCGGCGCCGUCAGCUGAGAAUGAAGAACGCAGGAGUACAAUCGAAAGACGGGAUAACGGAAGGUCAAGUGCUGAGAUAUUCGGCCCAAUCAUUGGCGUUGUAGGCUUCCUCUUCAUCUGUGUGCUCUUGCUCUACCUUCGUCGAAGCGGUGUCUUUAAAUCCUUACCCCCGCUCCGCAACUUGCUCGGUCCUAUCCAUCCCACCGGUGCAUCCACGACCGCCCUCAACUCCGGUAACAGUCGGAAUGGAGGCGGAGUGACAGAGUUGACGGCGGAGGGGUUGGCCGGACCUCAGGCAAUGGCGCAGCAUAGACAGGUGCAAGGGAAUAGGACUGCGAGGAGGACGAGAAGGACGCCAAGCCAAAUCUCGACUAGGAGCUUGCCUGUGUACAUGAAGGAGCCUGGGGAGCAUGAGCUCGUUAUUAUUCAAGGCUCACAGGACAUGGAAGAUGCGCCCGUCGAGGCGACCACCGUAGUAAUGCCCUCCGUCGGAGAAGAAGAAGCCGAAAGCGAAAGCACGGAGCAUCAGCGUCACUCCCGAAAUAACUCUCAUACUUCCGUCUACGUCGCCGUCCCACAAUCUAACGCCAACACGCCUCUCCUUGCUACUGGAGAAGGCAACGACAAUAAUAAUAACGCUCAUGCCAGAACUGGAUCUGGCGGCGCGACGGACGCAGAAGAACGGCGCAUCAGUCUGAACCCGAAUACUCAGGGUUCUGACAGCCGAUCUGCACUACUCCGCCAGGGAAGCGACCUUUCGCCCGCGAUUCCUUCUGCCGCUAUGAAUACGAAUACGAAUACUACGUCGGAGAAUGCGAACGAUGGAAUUGACCCGAGAGGAGAAGCCCCGGCGUACUUCGAGGUCAUCACUGAUGCCAACGGAACUACCGUCUCGCGGAGAACGAGCGAGCGUGCUCGUUCCCAGAGCAGUCCUGCUGCUCCCUCAAGCGCUCAGCCUGAUGAGGACCAGAUCACCGCACAGAAUACGAAUGCCAAUCGUAGGCGAUCAGGUUUCCGUGGUAUACUCAGUGCUUUGAAUCCAGCCCAUCACCGUACACAGUCCCAGGCCGCCCGCGAUCCAGAAGCUAAUGCUUCUCACAUGCGCCAACACUCUGGACCGUCCAUCGUUUCCCUGAAUAGUGACGACUCACUCCCUGGUGCGGGGAACUCUCUGGAUAUCCCCCGUUUGAGUAAUGUUAGCACUACGCAACGACCAGGGUCUAGUGGGGCCACACGUCCAGGCGGAAACACUCAUCGACCCUCGCUCUCUGGUGGCUCAGCCUUCAGCAACUUGUCCAACUCUGCUCUUCGCACCAUGUCACGCACCCGCACGCGCUCUAACUCUAACUUUCAGAACCUCAAUAAUCCUUCCACCAUCUCGAUCAACUCCAUCUCAUCUCCUCUCUCACACACCCUCGUACGCACAGACUUUGUCUACCCGAAGACUGGGCCUACGCCGGAACAACUCAGGUUAUUGAGCUCGAGGGAGUCAGUGGGCAAGUUUGGAGUGCCGUACGGGAGGGACGCGGUUAUGUACGCGGCGAGUAACUCCAGAGUGGAUCUGAGCAUACCACCGCCAGAGUUUGAGGAGAGGGAGGGUGGGGCAUCGAUUGAUGGGUUGCCUGCAUCGGGCGGGCCUUCAGGGUUGCAUGCUCGUGGCCUUAGUGGAGUCACGGAUGAAAGCGCGAGGGGGCAGUCGCCUGCUUCGUCGUUGGAAGCUGCUCCUACGACGGAGGCAAGUGAUGAAUCUAGGCAGGAGAGAGAGAGAAGAGCAAGCACGCAUUCGAGGAGGUCCAGUCAUCCCACCACCGAAGAGCAGGAAGCUCCUGCUGUCGAGGCUGCGGCUGCGGCCGAUGCUGGGGAGGAGACGAAGACGCUGAACGAGUCGCAGAAAUCGGCUGCUGAGACAGCUCGUCCAUCUUCGCCUGCCCCACCACUUCCUGCCAUCACCACAACCUCAUCCACGGUUCCUUCUUCCUCCGCGCCUUCGCCCAGCACCUCCACACCCACCGCGACAUCCGCUCCAUUCCAUCACAAACCGACCGCUCUGAACAUUAGUGCCACCCCCAACGCCGCCCCACCCACCGCUUUCCGUAUGCCUACCUCCUCCGCUGGCGUCACGCCCGGCUCGAGGUCCGAGUCUCGCGCGAGUGGGUAUAGUACUGCGACGUAUGCGACGGCCGAGGAAGGAAGUUUCCCACCGGAUACGCCGAGGACUGUGGGUGGCGGGUUCGAUUUUGGAGGGUUGGAGCACGGGAGGAUACCGAGUGAUGUGAACGAGGAGGGGGAUAUGACGGUGAAUGGCGUCGAAGGUGUGGCCAGUGGGAGGUCGACACCCACGAGGAGAGACGCGAGGGAUACGUUGAGGCCGGAGGAUUUUGCGGUGGGCGUGGUGGCGUAG